GAUGCUCGCUUUAAUAAAAAAAUUUGAAUAACUGAAACUUAUAUUUAAGAAAAAAUGCUUUUUAAAUAGACGUAGAACUUCAAGUUGAAGCCAAAGAUCAAUUUGCUUAAAAAAUGGGCAAGAAUGGUGCCACUUUGGGGGCUCUCAUCUUCAUUGUUACAAUGCUUCUUUGUUCCUAUCAAGUUUCCACUGCAUCUUGCAUCAAACAAGAGAGAGAAUCUUUGCUUAGGCUAAAAGCAAGUUUCAUCGAUUCUUCUAAUUGGUUGGCUUCUUGGAAAGGAAUGGAUUGUUGUAGUUGGCAAGGAGUGAGGUGCAAUCAUACCAAUGGUGGUCAUGUUGUCAAGCUUGAUCUUCGAAAUCGUGAGUAUACAUUUUCCUCUGCUUUGCUCAGUAAUGGUGUGGACUCUAGUUUGUUUGAGUUGAAAUAUUUGACUUACUUGGAUUUAAGUGCAAAUUUUUUCAACUACACUCGAAUUCCUAUUUAUUUAACGCAUCUGCUCGAAUUAACGUAUCUUAAUCUAUCUCUUACUUACUUUCAAGGAGAAAUUCCACAUUCUCUUGGAAAUCUAACUAAACUAGUCUUCCUGGAUUUCAACAACAACGAGUAUUUGCAUGGGUCAGAUUCUUUUGAUUUGGGAUAGUUGUUUAUUGAUGACUCUAGAUGGGUGUCCAGUCUUUCAUCUUUGGAAUACCUUGACUUGAGUGGUGUAAGGGUUGUUCAAAGUAAGUUUGGUCUAGAUUUUAUGCAAGUGUUGAAUACUCUUCCUUCUUCUUUAGUGACAUUAAAAUUGAGUCAUUGUGGUCUUCAAAACACCCAUCAUAUUCAUCCUCCAUUAAAUUCUUCAUUUUUCUCCAAACUUCAACAUCUAGAUUUGUCUCAUAAUUUGUUUGAUGGUCCAAUUCCUAUUUUUCUGCAUAACAUGACGUCUCUGAGAUUCCUAAAUCUUAAUGGUAAUGGUUAUAAUUACUUAAUCCCAUAUUGGUUAAGUAAUCUUAGGAAUCUUGAUACUUUGAGUCUUGGAUCUAACUUGUUUAGUAGCAUCGAAGGUGGUUUGUCCUCAGUGGUUAGAAACAAUUGUCAGUUGAAAAAUCUUGAUUUAUCAUUUAACCAUUUUCUUGGUGAAGAUGUUUUUGGAAGCUAUGAAAAUCUAUCUACAAGUUGCAAAGAGUAUGGUCUAGAAAAGCUUGAUCUAGAAAACAUGAUCAAAUUUGGGACACAUACAAUUCCAAGUUGGUUCGGAGAAUUGAAAAACUUGAAUUUUCUUAAUUUUCAAAAGAAUUCACUUCAUGGUCCCAUUCCUUCUUCAUUUGGAAAUUUGUCUAAUCUUGAACAGUUGGAUAUUUCCUAUAAUAUGCUUAAUGGAGGAAUUCCAACCUCAUUUGAAAAAUUAUCAAACUUAAGGGUCUUGAAUCUUAGAGAGAACAAUUUGGAUAGGGUCGUUCCGGAAAGUUUUGGACAACUUCAAAGUCUUAUUUUUCUUGAUCUUUCUCAGAAUGACAUCAAAGGUGCUCUUUCAGAAAUCCACUUUGCUAAUCUUUCUCAGUUGGAAUCCUUAUUUAUGGAUCAAAAUGGGCUUCUAUCAUUUAAAAUGAAACAUAGUUGGGUUCCUCCUUUUCAGUUAAAGAGUUUUUCUGUGAGCUCGACUCUGGGCUAUGAAAAACCUGAAUUCCCUCGGUGGAUUGGAACACAAAAAGAAAUAGCAUAUUUAAAUCUCUUCAAUACUAACAUUGUAGGACCCGUACCAGAAUGGUUAAGAUUUCAAAAUUUAGUUUUUCUAGAUAUUUCCUACAAUCAAAUUAAUGGAUCACUUCCAAAGAGCAUUGAUGAUCAAAUGCCUAACUUGAUUGCACUAUUGAUUUCCAAUACUCACAUCAAUGGUUACUUGCCAAAGUCCCUUUGUAGAUUGAAGAAUCUAAUGCUUCUGAUAGUUUCAAACAACCAACUAUCUGGGACAAUCCCUAGUUGUUUGUCAGAUCUAAACUUGUUUCUAUUGGAUCUAUCAUCAAACAAGCUCUUAGGAGUAAUUCCUUCUUCAUUUCAAAACCUUUCAAAUCUUCAAGUGAUGAACUUGGCAAGAAAUCAACUUCAAGGGGAGCCACUCAUAGCCAUGAGAAGUUUCGAAUCUUUGUUUGUUUUGGAUCUUGAAGGAAACAAAUUUUGUGGCAAUAUUCCUGAGUGGAUGGGAAGAAGCCUUCAAAAUUUACAAAUUUUGAAUCUUCGAGGCAAUAUGUUCAAUGAUACCAUUCCUUCAACUUUGUGGUUACUUCCUCGCUUACAAAUUUUGAUCCUUGCUGACAACAAAUUAGUGGGAAACAUCCCACCAAAUGUUGGCAAUUUUAGUGCAAAUCGAAGACCCAUAGCAAAUGGUGGAUUGGUGUGCAACUCUGCUGAAGACCCCUAUGCAUUCUGCUAUGUGAGCUACAUUACACAAGCCUUGAAAUCAAGCAAGUUGAACUACUCCUAUUUACAGCUCUAUUCAAUGGUAAAUAUAGACCUCGCCAAUAACAACUUGCAUGGACAUAUUCCAAGUGAAAUAGUGGCAAUAAAUGGUUUGUUUGCCUUAAAUUUGUCUCAUAAUAAUCUAUCGGGAUCUAUUCCUGUGGAGAUCGGAAGUUCACUAGCAUUGGAAUCUCUUGACCUCUCUUUCAAUCAGCUCUCUGGAUCAAUUCCAAAUAGUAUGGCAAGCUUAAACUCACUAGGCACGUUGAAAUUGUCCAACAACAAUUUUUCAGGACACAUUCCUCGAGAAGGCCAUCUUUCAACCUUCAAUGAUGCGUCCAGUUAUGAAAAUAAUCCAAAUCUUUGUGGAGCCCCACUUGCUGUUAUAUGCCCGAAUGAAAAUCCAAAUGAACCUUCCGUUGGAAUCGACAAUUUUUAUGAUAAUGAUAGUCAUGGAGAGCAUAAGUUGGAGAAAAUGUGGUUUUGGAUUAUUGUGGUGCUAGGAUAUGCUUUGGGAUUUUGGGCAGUUGUUGGAACUUUAAUAUUGAAGAGAAGUUGGAGAUAUGCUUACUUCCAGUUUAUGGAUGAAACGAAAGACAAGAUCUAUGUCGCAAUAUUAGUGAAUAUGAAGAGGUUGAAACAACGUAUGAGAGGAAAUAUGAAUCGAUGAGUUUUGUAAUUUAUUUGUCCAUGUAAUAAUUUUGUUGUACUUUGAUCCAUUGAAUAUAUUGAAUCAAACAACUGUCUUUUUUUCCCUUUUUAUGGCAUGUUAAUAAUUUGGCUUUCAAUUCAAA